CUCUGCUCCUCUUCUACUCGCUGCACUGCCCUGCUCGUCGAUGGUGAUCAAUCCAGCCUCGUCUGUCGACCUCUCUGUUUCCCAUCCGAAAAUACCUACAUACCUUUGAGUCAGAAGUCUAAUGCUGUAGAUGACUAUUGAUUGUAAAUAACUGAACCUUUGAGUCGUAAAACCAUUGCUAUCGAAGAUGGACGACGCAUUUGCCGGAAUGUCGUUAGGCAGCGGACAGCAGCGGAAGCUGAUCAUCGGAAUUGAUUUUGGUACCACAUACUCCGGAAUUGCAUGGGCGGAAACUCGAAGGCCUGAGCAGCAAACUGUGGUCAACAAUUGGCCUUCAAGCUUGGAGAGCAAGGAAGGAAAGAUAAUGGAUAAAGUACCAACUGAGCUGCGAUAUACAGCCGAAGGCAAAGAAUGGGGAUUCCAGAUCCCCGCACUAGAAGAUAGACACCGUUUGUUCAAGCUCGGACUUGUUGGAGGACGACUGGUCGAUCCUGGACACGAAACGUCGCCAGAAUCGUUGGCAACCGAUUAUCUAACCGCCUUGCGAGAUCAUCUGAUGUAUACUUUAGAGCAAAAGCUGGGAACAUCGAUUCUUCGUACGAUCCCGAUCGAAUACUGCUUGACGGUGCCGGCCAUCUGGUCUGAGGUGGCCAAAGAGAAGACCCUUGAAGCCGCCAGUCGGGCGGGUCUGAACGGAUUGGGGAAGAUAUUGUUGGUCUCGGAACCGGAAGCUGCUGCCAUCUAUACCCUCAACAGUCUCGACACACACGACUUGAAGAUCGAUGAUAGCUUUGUCUUGUGUGAUGCAGGUGGUGGAACAGUUGAUCUUAUUUCCUACACCAUCACCCAACUCCAGCCAAAAUUGAACAUCAGAGAGGCAUCACCAGGAUCCGGAGGUAUGUGUGGUUCGACGUAUCUCAAUCGGAGGUUUGCUAGAUUCUUGACAACGAAGAUUGGACAAGAGGAAGGUUGGGAUGCUGAACUGUUGGCUGAGGCAAUGGAACGAUUUGACUUGGUCAUCAAGAAGCAAUACUCCGACUUAUCAUCAUACACAAUCCCCGUUCCAGGUCUUGCCAAUAACGAAGGCCUUGGCAUCAAGCGUGGAAGACUCUUAAUCACGCGUGCAGAGAUGCGAGCAGUUUUCGAGCCAGUCGUAUCUCAAGUUAUAAGCCUCGUUGAGCAACAGAUUGUGUCUUCAAGCAAGAAAAUCAGGGCAGUGUUCCUGGUUGGGGGUUUCGGAGAAAACAGCUAUCUGAAAGAACGAUUGCGAGCCGCGCUCGGAACAUCGAUCGAAGUCAUCCAGCCACCCAACGCUUGGACCGCCGUUACCCGUGGAGCUGUACUGAUGGGAUUGGGCCACACGAAUGAAGACCUAGCAGCAGUCGGUGUGACAUCAAGAGCAGCAAGAAAGCAUUACGGAAUCCGACUUCAUGUGAAGUUUGACCCCGAAAGACACGACGCCAGCAAGAAGUUCUUCGACGAAGUCGAUCAGACAGACAGAGUUGCUGAAAUGCAAUGGUUCAUCAAAAGAGGCGAUCCCGUGGAAGAACGCAAAACCAAGCGGAUUCUCUUCCAGCAGAAUUUCUUGGCAGAGAUUGGCCCACCCACCGAGACUUCAAUGGAUGUGAUGUGCGACGAGAUCAGCACAAUUGCACCAGUGCAUCCCAACGAGAACUGCCGCACUCUGGUCACUUUGCGCGCUGACCUUCGAUCGAUCUCGAGCGAAGAUAUGGAAUCCACUCUGACGAAGAACGCGGAUGGGAAAUGGUACUAUCUGAUCAAGGGCGACGUGGAAGCAGAGUAUCUGUCGGCUUCGACGAAGUACAUGCUUCUGUGCUUGGGAAAAAGAUAUGAUACCAUAACUGCAGAGUACGCAUAAAAUGUCAAGUAACGUUGGAGUUUCGGAGAAUUUGGACAACAGGAAUGGUGGAUAUAGUACGCCCAGAGGACUGGAAUCUUCAUGGUAUCAGUCUUGAAUGCUUCUUGUUGUAUGCUUUUUGGGUUUGAAUAGAAAAUAUGUUUUAUAAAUAAUGUUGGUUUUAGGCAGAGGUUUUGAGUUUUUGAUGAUGUGUUGUUGCCACUCGGAUGACGUUAGCUGCAGACUCAUACCUCGCAGUACUGAUGUCUUCGAAAUUAGAGCAACUGAUAGAUUUUUGAAAUUAUCAACGUGUCCUGGCUGUCCAACUCGGAUUCGCCAGAGUUUGGGAGAGCAAAGAAGUGAUUGCGAUGCGUAGAAGCCCCUAUCCUCCUAAGGUUUUAAAGACCUUUAGGAGCGAGGAGUCGGUUUGUAGGGAUCGGAGCAUACUCAUUACUCAUAGAAGUGUUUCGAUUCAAUGUCUUGGGUGUCGUGGUGUUUAACAUGGG